AUGGCUGCAGUGGGGCAGGUGUCCACGGACCCCAACAUGAGACGCCUGGACUCCAGCUCUGAGGACUCUGCUGCCCUCCCCUGUUUGAAGAGUGCUACUGAUUCAGUGUGUGAGGUGGUCCCAGUGUCAAGCGUCUCGUCCUGUGGCUCGGAGCGGCAGGACAGCAGCAGCAGCAGCAGCAGCAGUAAAGAUAGCCCCUUCUCCCCCCUCAAUCAUCCCAUCCUCCACACUCCAUACUCCCACGGUCGCUCCAUCUCCAUCUCUGUGGUGCCCUGCUCCCACCUGCCGCCCAGACCCUCCAUCUGCUCCACCGGGGACGAGCUACAGGAUGCCUUCAGCCCGGACUCGGACCCCUCGUCUCCCCCCCUCCCCCAGACGCAGAGGGGGAGAGGGGCCAAAGUCUCCCACACUCCCCCCACCUCCAGGAAACUGCUCCAGCUCUUCCCAAACUUGACAAACCUGAACCGCAGCAAGAGCCAAGAGUCCCAGCUGAGCAACCGCAUCGAAGAGCCGCCCUCCAGAGGGAAGAACAACCGACCAGUGGCAGCUCUACAGUUGAACGGAUCGACAAACUCCGACGACCUGCGCCCGCCGCUGUCCGCACGCACCCCUGGACCCUACUACAUCAUCGACUCUCCAUCUCAGCACAGAGGGUCUCCACUGGUCCCGAGGAGGGACUUGGGACUGACCAUCAACCACAGGUUUUCCACAAAGUCCUGGUUCUCGCAGACGUGUCAAGUGUGCCACAAGAGCGUCAUGUUCGGAGUCAAGUGCAAACACUGCAAGUUAAAGUGCCACAAUAAAUGCACCAGAGACGCCCCCACGUGUCGGAUAUCCUUUUUUGCAAUGCCUCAGAUUCGCAGAGCGGAGUCUGUUCCCUCAGACAUCAACAACCGGAUCGACCACGCGGUGGAGCUGCCCGUUCAGUUCUGCACUCUGCCCAAAGCUCUGGUCAAGAGGGAAGUGCCGGCGAUCUCCUCUCUACGAUACUCCAGCAGUAAUCCGUCUUCAGCCACGUCAUCUGCUCCAUCUUCCCCCCACGGUCACCAGAGCAGCCCCCACAGUGUGACCACCCCUCCCAGUACCACCCCUAAUGCAUCGCCUGCACACAGAGGCCAGCGCUUCCACUUCCCAGAUCCUCCUGUUUCAGCAGAAGACCAGAACUCCAGUGGUUUCACUUCUGGAUCGCAUCAGGAGAAUGAGGCAGAAGAAGAAGUCUCGGAGGUUCCUGAACAGUUGGAGUCAGAGGAGUCGGGGUCUGCAGAUCCACAGCCUGAGGACCUGGAUGAGGACGGCCUGGACGACCUGCGCCCCUCCUGCAGGAGAGAGCACAAGUUUGGGGGAAACCUCCACAGGAAGAUCAGUCAGAACAGCGUCUACCUGCAGGAGUGGAACAUCCCCUACGAACAACUGGAGCUGGGAGAGCUCAUCGGGAAGGGUCGCUGGGGGAGGGUGCACCGCGGCCGCUGGCACGGGGAGGUGGCCAUCCGUCUGGUGGAGGUGGACGGGAACAACCAGGAACAUCUGAAACUGUUCAAGAAGGAGGUGAUGAACUACAGACAGACACGGCACGACAACGUCAUUCUGUUCAUGGGAGCCUGCAUGGCCCCGCCCCACCUCGCCAUCAUCACCAGUUUCUGUCGUGGUGUGACUCUGUAUUCUGUGGUGAGAGAGAGAGCCUCACUUCUGGACAACAACAAAACCAAACAGAUCGCUCAAGACAUCGUCAACGGCAUGAGUUACCUUCACGCCAAAGACAUCGUCCACAAAGACCUGAAAUCCAAGAACAUCUUCUACGACACAAACAAAGUGGUGAUCUCAGACUUCGGCCUGUUCGGGAUGUCAGGGGUCGUGGACGAGAGAAGGAGGAGCAGUGUUCUGAGGAUUCCUCGUGGUUGGCUUUUUUAUUUAGCGUCUGAGAUCGUGAGGAAGAUGAGACCAGACGAGGACGAAGACCAGCUGCCGUUCUCCAAAGCUGCGGAUGUUUACGCUUUUGGGACGAUCUGGUACGAGCUGCAGACCGGGGUGUGGCCCCUGGAGCAGCAGCCGGUGGAGGCCCGGCUCUGGCUCCUGGGCUCUGGGACGGGCAUCAGGAGGGAACUGGGACAGGCUCAUCUCGGAAAAGAAGUCACGGAGAUCCUGUCCUCCUGCUGGUCUUUCGACUCCUCGGAUCGUCCGUCUUUCACGCAGCUCAGUGACAUGUUGGAGAAACUUCCCAAACUGAACCGCCGCCUCUCGCACCCGGGACACUUCUGGAAAACCCAAGAUCUUUGGGAUCAUCGUCUCUGCUGCCAGGGCUCUCACUCAAACUGUCCCUUCAUCUACAAAUACAGCUGA